AUGCGCUCGUACAGGCCAAUCCCACAACAGACGGGGACGAGCCGUCGUCAGGCCAUCGACCUCACCGGAGACGACAGCGACGACGACGAUGCAGGCCCGACACGCUCUACAGCCCCCACUCGUAGCAACUUUGGUGAGGUCAAGGUCAAGAUGGAGCCUGGGUACGCGCAGCCACCUCUGAGGGGUCCGGGGGAGAGCAACGGCGGUGGUCGCGACCACAGCUACCACCAAAACGAAGGACACGACAGUACCAGCGACAACGACCACGACGACUACAGCGAUAUCGAGGUCUUGGACGGUUCUGAUGGCGAAUACCAAGACCCCCAAGGCCCACAGUUGCUCAAGGAUCUAUUCACCAAGUGGCCCAAGGGGGAUGCCAAACGCGCCAUUCUCCACGAACUGCAGAGUCCCGAAUCCGAGCGUCUCUGGAGCACCUGGCUCGACAAGUACCCGCCAGGCAAUAUUGACCCGGCCGACCACUUCACGCCGUCUUCGGGUACCAGUAUCCAAAAGCCCCUAUCAACGACGCCUACCGACCUCACCUCACCUCCAUUCGAAAAGCUGCCAUUGGGCUGUUCAAGCAGAUUAAACCCGAAACCUGGCGACAUGGCGUUGGGCGUGUGA